ACAUGAGGGCAGGUCUGUAGUCGCUGCUCCACAGGGCGGGACAGAUAAUGAUGACGUACAGUGAAAGCUGCCUGUCUGUCUAGUGGAGAAGCGGAGUCGUGGAGCUCGGAUGGGAUAGCCUACUCUCCCGAUGCUAGUGGAGUGAAGGUGUAUCUGUCGGAUAAUAUGCUACCGAUCACUCUAGAAAAAAGACGUCGCCGAUUCAGUUCCAUCUGAAAUAGGCUACACUGGUGACGGAUAUCCAAGCGGAUUGCCUCGUGAUUCCAGCAUUGAUGGCAAGAAAAUAAUUAUUCCCCAAAACAAGACGCGGCUUCUGUGGUCAACCUGUCUGCGAAUGCACCCUACAAAUUAAAACGCGCAUUUCGAUCAUUUACCCCACAUUCAUACAACAAGUUUCAGCGAUCUUACUUGUUUUUUUGGACCUUUGCAUUUUCCCCUUCAGCCAUGGACGAAGACAAUCAAGUACCUGAAGACCUUUCCUUGGAAGAGAGAGAUGAGCUGUCAAACAUACGACGCAGGAAAAAAGAGCUACUGGAUGACAUUGAGCGGUUGAAGUUUGAGAUCGCAGAGGUGAUGACUGAGAUCGAGCAGCUAACCUGCGUGGGGGAGAGUAAAACAACACAAAGAAAUAAACAGAUCGCCAUGGGAAGGAAGAAAUUCAACAUGGACCCCAAAAAGGGGAUCCAGUUUCUGUUGGAGAACGACCUUCUCCAGCACACUCCUGAGGACGUAUCCCAGUUCCUCUACAAAGGAGAGGGCCUCAACAAAACUGUCAUAGGGGACUACUUAGGAGAGAGGGACGACUUCAACCUCAAGGUGUUGCAGGCGUUCGUGGACCUUCAUGAGUUUGCGGAUCUCAACCUCGUACAGGCUUUACGACAGUUUCUGUGGAGUUUCAGACUGCCUGGUGAGGCUCAGAAGAUCGAUCGUAUGAUGGAGGCCUUCGCUUCGCGGUACUGCUCCUGCAACCCCGGUGUCUUCCAAUCCACAGACACAUGUUAUGUCCUGUCCUUCGCCAUCAUCAUGUUGAAUACCAGCCUCCACAACCCCAACGUCAGAGACAAGCCCCCCGUAGAGAGAUUCAUCUCCAUGAACAGAGGCAUCAACGAGGGAGGAGACCUGCCAGAGGACCUACUCAGGAAUCUCUAUGAGAGCAUUAAGAGUGAACCCUUUAAGAUCCCAGAGGAUGAUGGGAACGACCUAACUCACACGUUCUUCAACCCAGACAGAGAGGGAUGGCUGCUCAAACUGGGGGGAAGAGUGAAGACCUGGAAGAGAAGGUGGUUCAUUCUGACAGACAACUGCCUGUACUACUUUGAGUACACAACAGAUAAGGAGCCUCGUGGGAUCAUCCCCUUAGAGAACCUCAGUAUCAGAGAGGUGGAGGAACCCAGGAAACCAAACUGCUUCGAGCUCUACAACCCCAACCACAAGGGUUCGGUGAUCAAGGCGUGUAAGACGGAGGCGGACGGCCGGGUCGUCGAGGGCAACCACACGGUGUACAGGAUAUCGGCGCCCACGACUGAGGAGAAGGAGGAGUGGAUCAAGUCCAUCAAGGCGAGCAUCAGCAGGGAUCCCUUCUAUGAUAUGUUGGCCACCAGGAAAAGACGGAUUGCCAACAAGAAGUGAGCAGGGACACCCCUCAUCCCAGGACACCCCAAACUGGGACACCCCAAACUGGGACACCCCUCAUCCCAGGACACCCCUCAUCCCAGGACGUCCCAAACUGGGACACCCCAAACCCCCCUUCCUCAGCCCACCAAUCCUCUUUCCCAGACAGACCUUACUCAUGAAGUUAAACACCCCUUCCACACUCCCCCUCCCUCCCCCCUCACCCAUCCAUCCCUCCCUCGACUCCCACGGACAGACUCCACUCAUGAAGUUCCCUCCCUACUAUCCCCCCCCCCUCCUCCCUCCCCCCUCCCUCCACUCCCACGGACAGACUCCACUCAUGAAGUUCCCUCCCUACUAUCCCUCCCUCCCCCUGGACCCCCAGAGCCCAACUUGUCACUAGAGAGAUGAUGGUCAACCAAAGAUAGCCAUCUGACCCUUCAGACCCUGAUAGAACUCGCACCCGGUCUUGAAGACAACGAGGACAGUCUCCGGUCUUGAAGACAACCCCCGUCCCCAUUCUGGACACUUCCCCAGCCCUGGCUGCAGUACCAGGGGCUGGAGUUACAGGGACAUGACGUCCCAGGACUAAAGCAGAGGGCCAACACAGGGAGACAUCCCUCUAUAGGACCUGUGUGGUUCAGCCACACUACAGAUUACCGAGGGAAGCCAGUGGGAUGUAUUAACAUGUAUUAACACACAUUCUCUCUCUCUGUCUCUCUCAUCUCUUUACUCCCCCACACUGCCCUCCUGUGUUCCCCACAUUCGUUCUGAUUACAUCCAUGUGUUUCUAGCAGGGGUUGGAGCAGAAAUGAUUUCCCAAUCGUUCCAUUCCGAGCAGAAACCCAAUUUUUUUCAUUCUGUUCCAGUGUUCCGACCAGAAAAUACAGUUCUGAACCAGUUCCAACCAUCAAAAAGUAACAGCUUAUAUAUAUCCUUUUCAUAAAAUGUUUAACCUGUGAAAUCAACAUGUAUUUAGCAAAUUUUUACUCCAACAAUUUUUACUCCACCAAUUAGUGCCGAUAGAGCAACUUGCUAUGGAACGGGUUAGAUUGUUGUUUACAUUUUUAUUUGGUCACAUAAGUGCAGGUGUGAGAUGCGACUUAUUUAAAUGUAAUGGGUGGGGCAAGAGUGAGAGAGAGGGGUGGACAUGGAGGGGGCUUGGCUUGAAGCUCUAAACAUCAUAACAGGUCUUGAAUUAGAAUGAGUAUUAUAUACUAGAAUUUAUAUUAAUUUAUUUUUGGAACUCAAAAGAACAUUGGUUCUCAAGAUUUGAAAACAGUUAAGGGUUAUGUUAUGUUCCGGAACACUAGGGAUCACUUUUGUACACGGUUCUGUUUCUGUUCCUCAAAACAUGUAUUUAUUUUUCUGCUCUGUUCCCUGAACUGGUUCCAACCCCUGCUUUCUAGGUCUUCUGCAUUUGGGCGACUUGAAAGGCAAAACUGCAAUUUUUCACAUACACAUGCAUGUAUGUCUGUUUAUAGAUAUACCAUAAAGUGCAUUUAGAAGUGGGUGUGCUAACUUGUGUGUGUAUCUACACAGUAUAUAUGCAUGUAUGUAUGUAAACACAGUAGUGCGCAAGCCAAGCGCAGACAUUAAACACAACGACUGUCUUAAUGUCAUCUCUGACAUCCAUUAUACAGAAAGGUUUGUGUGUGAUCAUUUAUGAAGAUGGUAGAAAAACCGAGUUCCUCUUGUGAAUGUUCAGAUGGAUGGAAAGACAUGGCAGAAAGAGGAGAGUGAGAGAUGGAGGGAGGGAGAGAAAGUUCCAGGGCUGCAGUAACUGUACAUGAACAUGUGACCUGACCAGGAACAAAUCUGGGCCUUACACUCCUGGCCCUAAACAUAAACCAUGUAAUCAUCCCACUAUGGUGCUCAACUCUUUUUCCCAGGUGCCAUUGCAGCAGUUCUGCUGCAACCUCAGAAUACAAUGCUAGGUUAGUGCUGAAAUUAGGAAGACAAAACCUAGAAAAACUACAACAUUAAAGUCUUGAGUCAGCUGGACUGAUUCCAAACAUUGUGCGGACCACAGAAUAUUAAAAUGUGCAUACUUUUUAUCUUUGGUUGUGAAUUAUAGGGGUGGUUACAUGGACCUAUAUUUAGCCUAUGAUUGGAGUUACUCCAUUUUCAAUGGCGUGUCUGCAAUGCAAUUGAACGUCCUUUGAAAAUGUGUUGUAGUCUAAGAGAAUGCUUGAAUAUGGGUUUGUGAAACAGCCCAAUAAGGGUACCAGUCAUUUUAAGCUUUUCUUUCAGUGUCUCGAGGUCCAACAGCGCCAACAGCGCCAGUGAGGGGCGAUGCAUUGAUGUGACCCAUAUGCUUUUCAUUUGUAACCUAAGAUCCUUGCUUGCUUUUUGUGUUCCCCUUACAAAAUAUAAUCUAUUAUCUUGUUUGUAUUUAUUUUCUUUGUCAAAUGGUUCCAUUCUGUCCGUAAGCGUUAACUAAAGACUUAAGUUAUGUAUAUGUAAAUAAUGUAGAGGUUUUAUGGGUCUCCUUUUUGUUGUUGUAUGAAUACUCUGAAACAUGUUACACCUACUGGCUGUACUUUGCAUCAGGUCAGUUUGAGGUCUUCUGUACACAAGUCAAAAACAAAUACUAUAUAACGUGAUGUCAGGAAAAGUCCAUUUCCAGCAGGAAUGAGGAUGAUAAUGAUGGCGAUGAGGGUGAUGAUGUGGAUGAAUAGGAUAUGGGUGGUAGUAAUACUGAUGAUGGUGAUGAUGAUAAGGCAGAUGUUGAGGAUGAAUAGGACAUGAGUGGUAGUAAUAUUGAUGAUUAUGGUGAUGAUGAUGAUGAUGAUGAUAAGGCAGAUGUUGAGGAUGAAUAGGAUAUGGGUGGUAGUAAUACUGAUGAUGAUGAUGAUAAGGCAGAUGUUGAGGAUGAAUAGGAUAUGGGUGGUAGUAAUAUUGAUGAUGAUAAGGCAGAUGUUGAGGAUGAAUAGGACAUGGGUGGCAGUAAUAUUGAUGAUGAUGGUGAUGAUGAUAAGGCAGAUGUUGAGGAUGAAUAGGAUAUGGGUGGUAGUAAUAUUGAUGAUGAUAAGGCAGAUGUUGAGGAUGAAGAGGAUAUGGGUGGUAGUAAUAUUGAUGAUGAUGGUGAUGAUGAUGAAGCAGAUGUUGAGAAUGAAUAGGAUAUGGGUGGCAGUAAUAUUGAUGAUGAUGAAAAUUAUGAUGUCCGAACUAUAAUGCUGACUGAUGAAGUUGAAUCCAGUACUUUUUCUAUGUGUUUGUAAGAUAUGACCCCUGAUCUCAGGGCAGAAUAUUACCUACUACUGCCCCUUGUGUGGGGCUAUAGCUAAAUGAACUUUUCUAUCUCUGUAAAAGCUAUUGGUCACAUUGUACAUUACGUGGAAAGCUACAUAAAGUAUACAAAGACUA